GUGCACUUGGCGAAAGGUCAAAUGUGUCCUUCGGCCAGCGACUUCGACAAGAUGCUUAGUGAACGGAUGCAAGGAACGAUUCUGGAGCGCCGAACUCAACCGAAGGUUAAGGCCAAUGUGACAGCGUUUCUAGAGAACCUAACAGCUGAGUCGGUGCUUCAAUGCGCAAUGAUGUGUGAUGCGGCUCAGGAAGAACUUGACUUGAUCAGGUUCAAUGACAAGAACACGGUGGAUGUGGCCCAACUGCGUGCUCAACUGGAUGGCUUCAUGAACAGGGUCUCUGCAUUGUUUCUUCAAAGAAGGGCCCAUCAGGUUCAUUCCUACACACAACAUGCAAUCAGGGCGUUCAGCGUGUUUCAACUCCGGCCAAAGUUGGAAGCCACUGUGGUGAAGAAGGAUCUUUCCAAGAUCUGCACGAUCUUCGGUGAGCCCCAAACGUUGCCAUGUCUGGUCCGCAGCUACACUGACUGUGCAUAUACUGCUUCUAAGAAAAGAGAUCGGAUUGCUGACGAGGAUGACAUCCCUGACCUCAAGGCAUGGUUGAGUACCCUGCGUGGCCAACAGGCUUCGGACAACCCUCACCUUCUGACAUGUCUGGCCCGCGCUCUAUGCUUGUCCAAGUCUUCGACCUCAUCCUGUGAGAGGGACUUUGGCAAUCUGAUCCAGACAUUUCGCAAGGUGUUGGCCAGUCCUCUCCUCAAAGAAUGGCACAUAAGAGUGACUAGCUUCCUGAGGACAGAAGCAAGCAAAGCUCCUGAAGUUGUCAGAAGGGCCCAAAACAUAUGGAAUGAAGGAUACCUGGCACCUCGCUUGGCUGGCCCUUCGCGUGGUGGAAACUUUGUUUCCGGCGUCAAGCUCCAAAUGAAGAGACAAGCUGCAAACCCUCUUGACAGUCAGGCCGCAUGGGUCAAACGGCGGCGCUUGGAGGUGAACAAAAUUGUCCCCACAAGUUCACCGGAAGUGCAACCUGGUGAUUUGCCUGCUGAAGCCAAGAAAGCCAUCCAAAGAAUGGGAAACGUAGUGAAGAAGCGUCGCUUCGAAGCCCAGUCCAUUGGCAUUUUGCAGAAGGAUGAAAAACUGCCUGAGGAUGAAUACCAGCAGCUCUUGAAGCCGUGGGCUGAGCCUGAAACGCCAACCUUCGUGUGGACCCAGGCGGAGGGCGUGCAACAAAAGGUUGCCCUUCUCGGAGCUGUCCUGGUGGAAACGUGGCAGGAAGCCACCUGCCAUGUGGUGGAUUCCUUUGAUGAGCCAGGGCAGCGGGUGACUUGGACAUCCAAGCUCAACGGGCACUUGAUUGUCACCAAGCGUUUGUCCAAGGGGCCGUGGAUCGAGCAGCUUGGAGAGUGGAGUCCUGGUGGAGAACAUUCAAACGUUUAA